AAAAGGGAUUUAGAAGCUUCUGUGUUAGUUGCUCUGAAUCUGCUGAUGAGUGUACAGUGCUGUUUGUUCUCAGAUCUCCAUGUGAUUGUAUUAGAGAUCAGAUAUUGUCCUAGUCAUCCUUUCAUUUUCGUUGGAUUAUAAAUGAUCCAAUGCCUGUUUAGUCUACAACUAUGAAGAUUUUUUUCCAUGAAAAAUAUACUGAAGCAACCUCCAAUGAUUAGCGCAGUCUAAGAAUCAAAUUUGAUUCACUAAUUAAUCUAAUUAACCAUGUAUUUAAGACCUAAUUUUAAAGAAAAGAAGAUUGAAAAUGUAAAACAAAGAACAUAUAUAUGACAACAAGUAGCUAGCUAGAGAGCAGUCCACGAGGGAUAAACUGGUGUGGGCAUCAUGAUAUAUUAUUUGUUUUUUUUUUUUUAUCAUCAUUAUUAUUUUGGAUAUAUAAUAUAAUCACAGACAUGAUUCAGGAAAAUAGAGUUUAAAAUCCCAAGUGGGUUAAAAGAUAUUAUGGGUGUCUUUUGGCGUAUGCAUGCCAAUUCUAUAUGAUUGUAUAGUUGUUGAGCAAUAAGCAAUAAUAUUAUAGAACGCAUGUUAGGGUAUAUUUUAGAGAUGACGGUGACUCUGGGUCCAGUCAUCUGAAAAGCAAAUAUAUUCUCCACAUAUAUAUAUGGUCUCAGUAGUUUUAUAUUAAUUUGCCAGGAUCACAACAGUAUAGAUGCUUGAUGACAGAACUCCCUCAAGAUUAAUUUCUUACAUCCGGCAUCGUCUGGAUGAGAUUUCAACAGGGGCCAGUGAACUUUUGAAUUGUCAACAUGUAAAAAGUAUUUUUUAUUUUAAAAUAAUAAUUUUUUUAAAAUUUUAUUUUUAAUAUCAGCACAUCAAAACAAUAUAAAAACACUAAAAAAAAAUUAAAACAAAAAAAUAAAAAAUCUUUAAACUUUUUUAGAAAAUUUUUUGAAAUUAAAAAAUAAACAAAUUAGGGCAAUCACUUUUGUGGUCUAUAAUGAAUUUGGUUGCUGAAGAUAUGGAUGUGAAACGCUAGUUAAUGAUUUAUUAAAUUUAUAUUUUAUUUGAAAAAAAAAAAAAAAAAAAACCUUGGUCAGGUCCAGGUACCCAGAAGGUGGAAAUGCUACCGCCCAAUCUUUGCCAUUUCUAGGCCUCCCCGAGGAAUACAUUUUCCUUUUUUUUGUGAACCAAGAAUACUUUUGUGUUAUUUGAAUGUAGAUAUAUAUGCCAGAAUCCUAAAUUGCCUUAAUAUUUAGUUGACAGAUAAGAAUUAGCUGGCUGGCUUCUUUUUUCUGGAAUGACUAGUUAUUAAUUUGCUUCUUAUUAAGCGAUCUAACUUCAUUUCUUCGUUCAAAUUCUUAUUCACCAGACUUUUGUUCUACCAUAUAUAUAUAUUUUGACAGCAUUCUUCUUCCACACAAAAAAAAGAUUGUUUACUCAAUCGUUUCGAUAUUCAAAGAACAAGCUCUUGAAAAAGAGAGAUGUCAACCUUCACAAAACCUUCAAUGCAAAAAUCUUCACGUGAUGAUGCCGAGCAACUAAACCGUGCUUUCAAAGGAUUAGGCUGUGAUGCUGCCGUUGUUGUCAAUAUUCUUGCACUUAGAAAUGCAUCUCAACGUGAUAGCAUUCAACAAGAAUACGAGACCUUGUUCUCUGAUGACCUCAAAAAACAAUUGGCUCAUGAGCUUCAUGGCCAUCUCAAGAAAGCAGUUUUAUUAUGGAUGAAAAGUCCUAUAGAACGGGAUGUUACAACAUUGAGACAGGCUUUGACAGGACCUCUUUUUGAUGUCAAAGCUGCCACUGAAAUCAUAUGUACCCGCACUUCAUCCCAGAUUCGACAGAUUAAGCAAGUUUACACUCCUACUUUUGGCACGCGACUUGAGUAUGACAUUGGGUGUCACACAUCCGAUGAUCAUAAAAAGUUGCUACUCGCAUUUAUAGCAAUAACACGGUACGAUGGCCCAGAAAUUGAUAGUGUGUUGGUAGAGGAUGAUGCUAAAGCUAUCAACAAAAUUGGGGUGAAGAAAUCUGGAAUGGAUGAGAGCACUUUCAUUCAGAUUUUCACUGAAAGAAGCUCCGCACAUUUGAUUGCCCUUGCUUCUGUUUACCAUAAAAUGUUUGGAAAGGAACUGAGAAAGACAAUUAAAAGAGAAGCAUCAGGGAAUUUCAAGUAUGCCCUUCUAACAAUUUUGCAAUAUGCUGUUGAUCCAACAAAGCACUAUGCAACGGUGUUGCGCAAGGCAACGAAAGGUUUGGGUACAGACGAUAGUACUCUAAUCAGGAUACUGGUUACGAGGGCAGAGAUUGAUUUGCAGAGGAUCGAGGAAGAGUUCUUGAAGAAGUACAAAAGACCAUUACCUGAAGUUGUUCAUUCAGAGACAUCAGGUCACUACAGGGCCUUCCUUCUUUCCCUCUUAGGCUCUAAGUACUAGCUCUAGAUCUCUUCUGUGGAGUUGUGUUAUCUACUGAGUGGAUUCCUGACUAGCAGUUUGACAUACCGAGUAUGCAUGAUAUAGAACAUGACAAGCUGUUUCCUUGACAUCGAACAACGACUCUGGAAUUUGACAUACCAACCGAAAGCAGUGCGAAGUUGAAAAGAACUGGAUGGUGGGUUUUUAUCCAUCCUUGUUCCUGGCUUGUCAAUCAUAAAAUUUCUCCAUCAACCACACAAAAUCUUUAAUUUGUGUAGUUGGUUGUUUGCUUGCUUAUUUUUGACAAAAGGAUGGGGUCUGAUGUUGAUUUAGCUGUCUGUAUCAAUAUUGUCUGAGAAUAUUAAUCCUGCAGAAUAAAUUUGAUAAAUAAUCCA